CUUGUAACUUUUUUUAUAAGCACGGUAAAUAAUAGCUUGAGAUUUAUUUUUGACAAAGUAAAUUAUUUAUAAGUUGCUAAAAAUUUGUAAGUGACACUAAUAAAUAAUUACAACGUAGAUAAUUAAAAAAAAAAACUUAAAAAAAAAAAAGUCUAUUAAAUAGAUAAAACAAAGGUCUCCUCCUAAGGUGUGUACACAACACAUUUUUCCAAAAUUACAAAUUAAUUGUCUGUAGAAGACAAGUGACGACGGGUUCCAUAAAUAAUUGGAAUUUGACGUUGUUCCGAUAGUGAUACGUGGGAAAUGACAUACGUACAUGUGAUUGGUCUAAAACAACAUAAACUUCUAUGUCUUGUCUCUGUCUCCUUCAUCAAUAUCUUAUAAUAUUCUAUUUAAUACAGCUAUAUAUGUAUAGUGCCUAGUAAUAAUCUCCCCAUCCCCAUACCACAAUUACAAAUACAAUAGCCUCAAAAACACUUCUAGUUAUUCAUUAAUUGUUGUGUAAAGAAAUGGGUCAUGAUGAUGAGGACCACCCACAGCCACAAGAUCAUGAGGUACUCAAUAAUAUCAACGGUAGAGAGAACAACCAUGAUCAUCACGUUGAGGAAGAGGAAACUGUGACUCAUGAGUCUGAAUUGAUAUUGUCAGUGGAAAAGAUGUUUGAGAAGCAAAAUGUUCCUGAGUGGAGAAAACAAGUGACAAUAAGGGCUAUUUUGGUGAGCUUUGGUCUGAGUGUUCUUUUCAGCUUCAUAGUCAUGAAAUUCAACCUCACCACGGGGAUUGUGCCGUCCCUCAACGUCUCGGCCGGCCUGCUCGGCUUCUUCUUCGUCAAGAUAUGGACUAAAUUGUUGGAGACGUCGGGCACGUUGAAGCAUCCCUUCACUCGCCAAGAAAACACCGUCAUUCAAACAUGUGUUGUUGCUUCUUCAGGCAUCGCCUUCAGCGGAGGAUUUGGGAGUUAUCUAUUCGGAAUGAGUGAAACAAUAGCAAUACAAUCAGGAGACACUACUAAUGACUUCAAAAAUCCAUCAUUACCAUGGAUUAUUGCCUUUCUUUUUGUUGUUAGCUUUCUUGGUCUUUUCUCUGUUGUUCCUCUCCGCAAGAUUAUGAUCAUAGACUUUAAACUAACAUAUCCUAGUGGAACUGCAACUGCUCUUCUUAUCAACAGCUUCCACACUCCCAAUGGAGCCAAAUUAGCAAAGAAGCAAAUAAAAGUACUUGGGAAAUUUUUCUCCCUAAGUUUCUUUUGGGGUUUCUUUCAAUGGUUUUAUACUGCUACAGAAGAUUGUGGAUUUGCACAAUUCCCUUCAUUAGGACUCAAAGCAUAUCAGAACAGGUUUUACUUUGAUUUUUCAGCAGCAUAUAUAGGAGCAGGAAUGAUAUGCCCAUACAUUGUAAAUGUAUCAGUGUUAAUAGGAGGAAUUCUGUCAUGGGGUCUAAUGUGGCCUCUCAUUAACAACAGAAAAGGUGAUUGGUAUAGUGCAGACCUCUCCUCUACUAGUAUGCAUGGUCUUCAAGGUUACAAGGUGUUCAUCGCCAUAGCCAUGAUUCUAGGAGAUGGCCUAUACAACUUCAUAAAGGUCAUAAUCCGAACCAUUUCAGCAUUAACCACACAUCUCCGCCAAAGGCACCUAUUACUUAACACCACUCUUCCACUUCAUUCAUCACAACAAGAAUCAUCACACUCCACAACUACAACUACUACUCCCUCUUUCGACGACCAACGCCGAACCCAAAUCUUCCUCAAAGACCAAAUCCCCACAUGGUUCGCCGCAUCAGGCUACGUCGCAAUAGCCGCAAUCUCAAUCUCAACACUCCCCCACAUAUUCCCCCAACUCAAAUGGUACUACAUCCUAGUAAUCUACACGCUCGCACCCGUUCUGGCAUUCUGCAAUGCCUACGGGUGCGGCCUCACCGAUUGGUCACUCGCCUCAACCUACGGGAAGCUAGCAAUCUUCACCGUAGGUGCGUGGGCGGGUGCCUCUCACGGUGGUGUCAUCGCAGGCUUAGCAGCCUGCGGUGUCAUGAUGAACAUAGUCUCGACCGCCUCUGAUCUCACCCAAGAUUUCAAAACAGGGUACCUAACAUUAGCUUCGCCACGUUCAAUGUUCGUGAGCCAAUUGAUUGGUACGGCAAUGGGUUGUGUCAUCUCUCCUUGUGUGUUUUGGCUUUUUUUAAAGGCUUUUAGUAACUUGGGACAGCCUACUAGCCAAUACCCUGCGCCUUACGCCGCGAUUUAUCGAAGCAUGGCUUUACUUGGAGUAGAGGGCUUCUCAUCUUUGCCUGAGAAUUGUCUAACUCUUUGUUAUGUGUUUUUUGGGGCUGCAGUGGUUAUAAAUUUGGUUAAGGAUCAUUUGGUGAAAGUGAAGCCUUCAGUGGCAAAAUUUGUGCCUAUUCCUAUGGCUAUGGCUAUACCUUUUUAUAUUGGACCAUAUUUUGCUAUUGAUAUGUGUGUUGGGAGUUUGAUCUUGUUUGUGUGGGAAAAGGUGAAUAAGAAUAAGGCUAAUGCUUUUGGGUGUGCUGUGGCUUCGGGUUUGAUAUGUGGUGAUGGGUUGUGGACUUUGCCUGCGUCUUUACUUGGUGUUUUUGGGGUUAAGCCACCCAUUUGUAUGAAGUUUUUGUCCAGGGCUACUAAUGAUCGAGUUGAUACUUUCUUAGCUACUUUAUCUUAGCUAUAGUAAGACUUGAGAGUUUUUAGAGGAUUAUAAUUUGUAUAUAUAUAUUUAUAUAUUAUAUGUGUAUGCUUAUCAAAUGUACGUAUCUUUUUAUGUACACGUAUUUAAGAAACUUCCCAUAUAUAUUAAAUAAUAUAUAUGUUUGUGAUUUGGUUUUUCUAA